AGUCAAAGUUCACUUUGUACUAUAGUUUAGUGUCUGAAGCCGAGCAUUCGUUAGACAGAUUCUGACUUUUAUUUGUUCUCCACGGGUUUGCUGCUAAUAGGCAGUCUGUUCUGCAUCUGUACAACCUGCUACAAAAAUGGGUUCUCCAGAAGUUUGGAGGAAAGAUAUGAAGAUGAUCAAUGGCUAUCCUAUGGUCUAUGCUUUUGCACUCAAUUGGGAAAGGAUGGAAGAGUUCCAGGGCAGACCAGAUGACAUUGUGAUAUCCACAUUCCCUAAAUCAGGUACUACUUGGAUUAGUGAAAUUGUUGACAUGGUUCUAAAUGAUGGAGAUACUGAAAAAUGUAAGAGAGACGUCAUUACUACUAAAAUUCCAAUGCUGGAACUGUAUGAACCUGAACAAAAUAUAUCAGGUAUUGAAUUCUUAAAGACAACUCCAUCGCCUCGGGUUAUAAAGACACAUCUACCUACUGAUCUACUCCCGAAAAGUCUCUGGGAGAACAAAUGCAAGAUGAUUUAUAUGGCUCGAAAUGCCAAGGAUGUUACUGUCUCGUAUUAUCAUUUUGACUUAAUGAAUAAUCUACACCCUGUUCCUUGCACCUGGGAAGAAUAUGUGCUGAAAUUCCUAGAUGGAAAUGUGCCUUAUGGUUCAUGGUUCAAUCACGUUAAGACUUGGUGGGAAAAGAAGAAAGAUCAUCCACUACUUUUCUUGUACUAUGAAGAUUUAAAACAGAACCCAAAGGAAGAAAUCAAAAAGGUUGCCAGCUUUCUAGGCAAGACCUUGGAUGAGAAGACCUUGGACAAGAUUAUCCAUCACACCUCUUUUGAAAUGAUGAAGGACAACCCCAUGGUCAAUUAUACUCAUCUGCCCUCAUCAAUGAUGGAUCACAGCAAAUCCCCUUUCAUGCGAAAAGGUACUAUUGGUGACUGGAAAAAUUACUUCACAGUGGCCCAAAAUGAGAUAUUUGAUGCCGUCUAUGAGAAGGAAAUGUCUGGAACAACACUUAAGUUCUGCACAGAGAUCCAAAGUUGUUGCUGCAAAUUCCUAAGUGACUACUGAAUUGGAGGAAUAGCAUUUUUGAAAAACAACAUGGACUUGUUUCAGGUCAUGAAACUUGCAUUCUUGUUCCUGAUAACAUUGCACAGACGACUGCACUUUCCCACGUGAUCCUCCUUGUCAUAGUAUGUAGGAUUAUACCACCCUUGCUAUAGACACAACUUGCAUGGUUGCACAUGGACUGCAUUUUUCCACACUUGCCCUGCCUUCUAGAUCCUGAAUAUCUGAUCCAGAACACUGUGGUCAAUGGCUAUAAUGGCUUCUCAUGCUGUUGACUCAUUACUCAUCUUUCUGCCAUAGGCCUAUUUGGAUAGCACAGAUCAUGUCCCAAA